AUGUCGUGGAUCCAUGGUUGGCCCAAUAUUACAUUGUACGGAGAAGGAUAUAACCAGAUUGUCAUCGCUCUUGAGGAUCAAGAAAAGACUACCUUCACUUACCCCUACGGCACCUUUGCUUACCGAAGAAUGCAUUUUGGGUUAUGCAAUGCACCAGCAACAUUCCAAAGAUGCAUGAUGUCAAUCUUUGGAGACAUAGUGGAACGGUUUAUAGAAGUCUUCAAGGAUGACUUCUCAGUUUUCGGUUCAUCAUUUGAUAGCUGUCUAACUAAUCUCUCUUUUGUUUUGUAGCGAUGUAAGGAGACGAACUUGGUGGUCAAUUGGGAGAAGUGUCACUUCUUGGUCCAAGAGGGAAUAGUGCUGGGGUUUUACAGACGCUUCAUAAAGGAUUUUUCUAAGAUUUCUAAACCCCUCUGCAAUUUGUUAAAUAAAGAUGUUGUUUUUUACUUUAACGAUGAUUGCAUGCAUGCCUUUCUAACUCUAAAAAAAUUAUUAGUAUCUGUACCUAUUAUUGCAGUUCCCGAUUGGGGACUACCCUUCGAAUUGAUGUGUGAUGCUAGUGAUUUUGCUUUAGGGGUAGUUUUAGGACAAAGGAAAAACAAAGUGUUGCAUGUAAUUCAGUAUGCUAGCAAAACACUCGUUGAUGCACAAUUGAUUUACACCACCACUGAAAAAGAACUGUUGGCUGUAGUUUUUGCUUUUGACAAGUUUUGUUCUUAUUUGUUAGGUGCAAAGGUGAUCGUCUACACGGACCAUUCAGCACUCAGGCACCUAUUGGCAAAGCAAGAAGCAAAACCUCGGCUGAUACGCUGGAUUUUACUACUUCAGGAGUUUGAGUUGGAAAUUUGAGACAAUAAGGGGUCAAAAAAUGUGGUGGCUGAUCACUUGUCGAGGAUUGAGAGACCAAUCAAGGGAAACGAGGAGGAAAUGCCAAUUAGAGAAACAUUUCCAGAUGAGAAAUUGAAGAGAGUGGAGGAAGCACCAUGGUAUGCGGAUUUUGCAAACUAUUUGUCAUCAAGGGUGCUCCCAAGUGGUAUGACAUACCAACAAAAGAGAAAAUUCUUCUCAGAUCUUUUUUAUGUGUGGGGGAUUGAUUUCAUGGGUCCCUUCCCAAGUUCUUUUGGGAACACAUAUAUAUUGGUAGCGGUGGAUUACGUGUUGAAGUGGGUUGAGGCAGUUGCAUUGUUGACUAAUGAUGCUAGGGUAGUGAUUAAGUUUGUGAGAAAGAAUAUUUUCUCAAGGUUUGGGGUACCACGGGCAAUCAUUAGUGAUGGAGGAUCUCACUUUUGCAAUAGGCAAAUGGAUGCACUGUUGAGUAAGUAUGGAAUGACACAUAGAGUUGCAACACCUUACCAUCUACAAACAAGCGGGCAAGUGGAACUGUCGAAUAGAGAACUAAAGGGGAUUUUAGAAAAGACAGUUAAUGCAUCUAGGAAAGAUUGGUCACGGAAGCUGGAUGAUGCGCUUUGGGCAUACCGAACCGCUUUUAAGACUCCGAUCGGUAUGUCUCCAUUUAGGAUGGUUUAUGGGAAAGCAUGCCACUUGCCCGUAGAACUCGAGCAUAAAGCAUAUUGGGCAGUCAAGCAGCUAAACAUGGACUUGAAAGCUGUUGGAGAAGAAAGGAUAUUGACUUUGAACAAACUCGAUGAGUUUCCUCUCGAUUCAUACGAGAAUGCCCGGAUUUACAAGGAGAAGACAAAAAGGUGGCAUGACAAGCAUAUCUGGAAGAAGGACUUUGAAGUAGGGCAGAAGGUGUUGUUGUUCAAUUCUAGACUCAGGCUUUUUCCUAGAAAACUGAAGUCUAGAUGGUUCGGACCGUUCACAGUGACAAGAGUUCAUCCAUACGAAGCGGUGGAAGUGUCACAUGAAGAAAAGGGCACCUUUACAGUAAAUGGACAGAGAUUGAAGCCCAACAUAGUUGGGAUGAUAAGUUGCAAAUCCAUCCCAAUCCGGCUUGACAUCCCAACCUGA